AUGGAGUCCAGGGCUGCCACGGCGAGCGAGCCCGAGCCUGCUGCGGCGUCCUCCUCCUUCCAUGCCAGGAUCUGGAAGAACUUGCAGCUGGGAGUGGGCAAGAGCAAGGGCGGCGGAGGCGGGCGCUCAGGGGGACCCGAGCGCCGCACUGCGGACACCCCGUCGCCCUCCCCACCGCCCUCGAGGGGCACGAGGGACGUCCUGGCGGGUGUGGGUAGCACGGGCAGCAGGUGGAGCGGCUUUAAGAAGAGGAAGCAAGUGCUAGAUCGGGUCUUCUCCUCCUCUCAGCCCAACCUGUGCUGCUCCUCACCAGAGCCCCUAGAGCCUGGCGGCGCUGGCAGGACAGAGCAGGGGUCCACACUACGCCGCCGGAUCCGGGAUCAUCUGCUGCCGGCGGUAAAAGGGCCCGCGGCAGCCUCUGGAGCAGCCGGAGUGACGCCUCCUGGCGGACGAUCCCCCGACUCAGCUCCUUCUUCUUCCUCUGCCUCAUCUUCCCUGUCAUCUUCUCCCCAGCCGCCCCCGAGGGGGGACCGAGUCCAAGAUGAGGGUGCACGGCGUCGGGGUCCCGGAGUGCAUUUGUGUCACCAGAAGAGCUCCUCUUUACCGGGCACUGCAUGCCUGGAACAGCUGCUGGAGCCAACGCCGCCUCAAGCAAAGGCAUCACAGAGGCCGGUGGAACCUAAGACCCAAGAGAAGGGCGAAGAGCAAGACAGCAGCCAGAAAAAAAUAAACACUGUUGGAACCAGUAAUGCAGAUGUCCCUUUGGCUGAUCCCGGAAUGUACCAGUUGGACAUUACAUUAAGAAGGGGUCAAAGUUUAGCUGCCCGAGAUCGAGGAGGGACAAGUGAUCCAUACGUGAAGUUUAAAAUUGGAAGAAAAGAAGUUUUUAGAAGUAAAAUAAUACACAAGAACCUCAAUCCUGUGUGGGAGGAAAAGGCGAGCAUUCUUAUUGAUCAUCUUAGGGAGCCAUUGUAUAUAAAGGUAUUUGACUAUGAUUUUGGACUACAGGAUGACUUUAUGGGCUCAGCUUUUCUGGAUCUCACACAAUUGGAUUUAAACAGGUCCACAGAUGUGACCCUAACUCUGAAAGAUCCCCACUAUCCUGACCAUGAUCUUGGAAUCAUUUUACUCUCAGUCAUCCUUACCCCUAAAGAAGGAGAAUCCAGGGAUGUGACAAUGCUAAUGAGGAAGAGUUGGAAAAGAUCAAGUAAGGAACUCUCAGAAAAUGAAGUGGUUGGAUCUUAUUUCUCUGUGAAGUCUUUCUUUUGGAGGACAUAUAGCAGGCCUGCUCUUGCUGUCCUGGGCUUCUGCAGAGCAGAACUUCAGAGUCCUUAUUUCCAAAAUGCACAAUUUCAGACCCAAAGUUUACGUCUGUCAGACCAGCACAGAAAAUCCCACCUAUGGAGAGGGAUAGUCAGCAUCACCUUGAUUGAGGGGCGAGACCUCAAAGCGAUGGAUUCCAAUGGGUUGAGUGACCCUUAUGUAAAGUUCCGGCUUGGGCAUCAGAAGUACAAGAGCAAGAUUAUGCCAAAAACUUUGAAUCCUCAGUGGAGGGAACAAUUUGAUUUUCAUCUUUAUGAAGAAAGAGGAGGAAUCAUUGAUAUUACUGCAUGGGACAAAGAUGCUGGGAAAAGGGAUGAUUUUAUUGGCAGGUGCCAGGUCGACCUGUCGUCCCUCAGUAGGGAACAGACACACAAGUUGGAGUUGCAGCUGGAAGAGGGUGAGGGACACCUGGUGCUGCUCGUCACUCUGACAGCCUCUGCCACAGUCAGUAUCUCUGACCUCUCCGUCAACUCCCUGGAGGACCAGAAAGAGCGGGAGGAGAUAUUAAAGAGAUAUAGCCCGCUGAGGAUAUUCCACAACCUAAAAGAUGUGGGAUUUCUCCAGGUGAAAGUCAUCAGAGCAGAAGGUUUGAUGGCUGCUGAUGUCACAGGUAAAAGUGACCCAUUUUGUGUAGUAGAACUGAACAAUGAUAGACUGCUAACACAUACCGUCUACAAAAAUCUCAAUCCUGAGUGGAACAAAGUCUUCACAUUCAACAUUAAAGAUAUUCAUUCCAUUCUUGAAGUGACAGUUUAUGAUGAAGAUCGGGAUCGAAGUGCUGACUUUCUGGGCAAAGUUGCUAUACCAUUGCUGUCUAUUCAAAAUGGUGAACAGAAAGCCUACGUCUUGAAAAACAAGCAGCUGACAGGGCCAACAAAGGGGGUCAUCUAUCUUGAAAUAGAUGUGAUUUUUAAUGCUGUGAAAGCCAGCUUACGAACAUUAAUACCCAAAGAACAGAAGUACAUUGAAGAGGAAAACAGACUCUCUAAACAGCUGCUACUAAGAAACUUUAUCAGAACGAAACGCUGUGUCAUGGUGCUGGUGAAUGCUGCUUACUACGUUAAUAGUUGCUUUGACUGGGAUUCACCCCCAAGGAGUCUAGCUGCUUUUGUGCUCUUUCUCUUUGUUGUCUGGAACUUUGAGCUCUACAUGAUACCACUGGUUUUAUUGUUACUAUUGACAUGGAACUACUUCUUGAUAAUAUCAGGGAAAGAUAACAGGCAACGUGAUACAGUAGUGGAGGACAUGCUAGAGGACGAGGAAGAAGAAGAUGACAAAGAUGACAAGGACAGUGAAAAAAAGGGAUUUAUAAAUAAAAUCUAUGCCAUCCAGGAGGUAUGUGUGAGUGUCCAGAACAUCCUAGAUGAAGUGGCUUCCUUUGGCGAAAGGAUAAAGAAUACUUUCAACUGGACUGUUCCAUUCUUAAGCUGGCUGGCCAUUGUAGCACUCUGUGUGUUCACAAUCAUCCUGUACUUCGUUCCACUACGAUACAUUGUCCUUGUCUGGGGAAUCAAUAAAUUUACCAAAAAACUUCGGAGUCCAUAUGCAAUUGAUAACAAUGAGCUACUUGACUUCCUUUCCAGAGUCCCUUCAGAUGUACAGGUGGUGCAAUACCAAGAACUGAAACCAGAUCCUUCUCAUAGCCCAUAUAAAAGAAAGAAAAACAAUCUUGGCUAGCCAGCUCCCAGCACUGAGGAGACCAGCAUCUGUUUGGGAAGAUAAAAGAAAAAGCCUUCAGCCUCUGCAGCAUUUCCUUUCUUUCUGCUUUUUAUUUAUUUUGCCUUUUUAUCAUGAUAUAAUUUGUAAAUAUUGUACAAAGGCAUAUGUCUUUGGAAAUAUACUUCCAUUGUACAGACUCAACUUGAUAACAGUUUAACUACUACUGUGUGAAAGUCUUGUUAGCUAUGGAUAAUAAUAUAAUACACCGAAAGAACAAAUGUAAGGGUGAUAACACUGGAAGACACACACUUCUCUAAUUACAAGUAGAAGAACCAGAAUAUUAGAUAAAAUGCUUAACUCUGAUUAAAAUAAAAUUAACAUUUAAAUUUUAUGUAGAUUUAAAGUUUUUCUUAAAUGUGACUAUUUUUUAUCUGAAAGGUAAUCCAUUACAUUUUUCUAUGUUUUAUACAUUUCAAGAAAGGGCAAAUCCCAAAGUCUGAAUUGAAAAGGACACACUUCAAUCUAAUGUAAAUCCUGUCUUUAGAUCCUGAAAUUCACUCCUGUGCAAAUUACUUAGGUAUGACUAGGCUGAUUUUAAACUAAUGAGUGCAGGCACAUUCAACCCCUCAAGAGAAUCUGAGAUUCUGUAAAGGAAAGUUAUAAACCUUCUAUCAUUCCAUCUAAGAACUUAAAAUCUCUCCAGGACUAUAUAACAUAAAUACUGCCAGGUUUAUAAAUGAUUGCCUAUCUGAAUUUUUAUAUCUACCAAAGUUAGUAAAUUAGCAACCCAAUUCAAUUGUCAAAAAUACUAAGCAAAACAAAUCCAUAUUGCUUUUGCUAUCAAAUUAUGUAUUUGUGCAUCUGAAAACAUUUAAUACUCAAGUGUUCUCACAGAAAAAAAAUAUUUUUCAUUAAGUUCCUGAAAUGCUUUAAUGCAUACUAUGAUUUUGUUAGUGUGAAUUUAAAUGUAGAGGAGAAUGCAGUGUGCUAAGUGAUAUGCCAGUGUUUCAUUACAUUCAUUUAUGAAAAAAUAAUUCUUGAUAAUAUGAAUGCAUGAGAACCUGUUUUGUAAAAUAAACUGCUUGGGGGGUUGCCUUUAAAAAUGUUUCACUACUUACCAUAGAAUCUAUACUUAAAAACUGCAUUCCCAAGACUUACAGUGGCUUUUAUACCUAUCUCCCUGGUAUAUCGAGGGAAUGUACCUCUGGAGAAAGAAAGAAACCAUUUGGGYAGCGGGAAUCUUACUUCUCUAACUUGGUAGGCAACUUUAGCUCAGUUGAAACUGCUGCAGACAAUGUUUUGCACUACUUUCUUAAUAAUAGACUGGGAUAGGGAAUAAUAUACUGGUGGGGAUUAUGUUGGAAGAUGUAGAAAAGCAGAAAAUAUAUAUUUCACRCUAAAGGAAGAUUCUUUAAAUAAUAAACAAUCUCAUCAAAGCUGAUUUUUAAAAGUAUUUUUAUUUAGAGAUAUGUUGUUAAAUACUAUUUCUUAUAAUAGAACUAUUUUGAUCUGUUUAUACACUAUGCUUGAAAGAACGUCAAUUAAAUUAUCUUUCUACAGAAAGGCUUUGACCUCAUUAUGCUCUAUUUAGUGCAUCAUGUUUAAAAUGACAUGCUUUACCUCUGCAUACCAUCACUGUUUGUUGCUAAAACAUUACUUCAUGAAGUUGAUGUUACUACAGAGAGUCUGAUAUUUGUUUAAAAUAACUUGAUUAUACCUUGUGUGAGAUUUAUGUCUGUGCYGACAAUGUCUUCUCAGAUGUCUAUAAGCCUGAUACUCUACAACCUCUGAUGUAUUUAGUGAAUCGUAACCAUUAACAUGACUAAUUUUGUUUCAUUGUAUCAAGUUUCAGAUGUUUAGUUCAAUGAUAAUGUUGACUACAUAUUCACUGCAUUAAAUAGAAAAGAAAAUAAUCUUUUCUAUGU